GUGCAACCGUUGACACCAAUCAACUUUUGGUAGCAAAACCAUACACACAAAAUGUUCAGCAAAAUCGUAGCUUUCGGCGCUUUGGUAGCGGCCGCAAAUGCCGGACUUCUAGGACACGGUCAUGGAGCAGCAGUGUCCUCUCAAAGCAUAGUGCGACAUGACGCCGGACACGGUUACGCUCCUAUUGCCCACGCUGCGGUACCUGUUGCCCACGCUGUACAAUACGCGCCAGUUGCCCACUAUGCUGCCCCAGCUGCCGCAUACGACGGUCAUGACUACUAUGCACACCCCAAAUACGACUACACUUACUCCGUGGCUGACCCUCACACCGGAGACCACAAAUCGCAGCACGAGAUCCGCGACGGAGACGCCGUGCAUGGCUCCUACUCUCUGCUCCAGCCCGAUGGCUCCGUGCGCACUGUCGACUAUACCGCUAACGACCACACUGGUUUCAACGCCGUGGUACAUAACUCCGCCCCUGCCGUGCACCCCGCGCCCGCUCAUGGCUAUCAUCAUUACUGAUUUAUUGAAAAAACACUGGGCUCGCCCGAUUAAUUUAUUGUGAUUUGGUAUUAUCAAUGUAAAUAGUGUAAAAUUAAAUAACAUCUAA